AUGAGUUCCAGCAAAUUACUCAAAUAUGGUUCCGACGACCUCCAGACAAUCCGCGUAUAUAGACAUGAUUCUGGCAAUCAUCUAUCCAUAAUCUUUAUCCAUGGGGGUGCCUGGCGCGAUCCCCGCAACACAUUUAAUGACUUUGAAGAACUUGUAGGAAAACUUCCAUCCACUAUAAAUACGUUUGGAAUCAACUAUAGAUUGUCACCGGCAGUCAAACAUCCAGCGCAUCUUGAAGAUGUUGUAUCAGCCAUUGAAUAUUUAGCGAAAAACUACAAAGUUGAGAAUGUGGGGUUGGUUGGUCACUCUGUGGGUGCCACGUUAGCGCUACAAAUACUCAACUAUAAGACUAUUUUACCGGGAUUGGAGCGUCCUUUGGGAAUAAAAAUGAAGUUUUUGGUGUUUCUAGAUGGCAUUUAUGAUGUCCCCAAACUCGUGGAAGAGUAUCCUACCUAUAGUUCUUUUGUAAAUGAAGCGUUCAAAACCAAACAGGACUACAUGCGAGCCACGCCAGUUUCUUCUGAGAUGCCGCAGUUUGAUAUACUGGUUGAAAAAUGUGUGAUUCUUUUGGUGCAAUCCACUGAAGACGAACUUCUUUCUGUGCAGCAAACGGAAUUGAUGGCUGAUUUUUUGCAAGCGAAAUCAAUUCCCUUUGAGAAGCACCUUGGCGCUUUUGGGGCCCAUGAACAGGUGUACAGGCACCAUAAAGUGGCCAAGUUGAUCACCGAUGCCAUUGGCGCCAAUCUAGACGGUUUGGUGCGCGCACGCCCACAAAAUUGA